UAUAGAGAUGACAUGUGGGCCCCACCUCGGCGUGUCAUCCAUAUCAGCGCCCGGCUGCCACUGUGUCAGCCACGUCAUCAAAAUCGCCCAUCAAAACAACCCAAUGGCUAAGUAUGAAUGAUUUUGACAGAUGAGUGAUCAAAUAUACCCGGUUUUAGAGUUGGAGGCCCUUCCAACAGCAAAACAUUCCCGUUGCUCGGUGCCCUGCACGAGACAAGAAUCCCAAACCCCACCUGGCCACCUCCACACCCGCCUCCGCCCUCUCGACGCCGACGAGUCGACGACCGACCGCGCCAGCCCGCCCAUCAUUCUCCUCCUAGCUUCGGAGUCGUCUCUCUUCCGGCGCCGCCUCCUGUUCCCGCGACCGCUUGGCGCUUGCGUCAUCUUGGGGCAGCGCGGAGUGACCUGCGCGCCCGCCGCACGCCAGGUGUUCGACCUCGGCCCAAGGAGCAAACGCCACCCACUACGCGUCUCCCGCCGGCUGCUCUCUCCGCCGGAAGGGAUACGACACGAUGCUCGCGCCCAGCUCUCAGCCACGACCAUUGAUUGGGCUAAGAGGAUCCUCUACCCAAUGCCUCUCGAUUGACGUCAUUAAUGGGCUAGUGGCACAACCGACCACAGAGGCGGAGCACGGCCGCGCGCCUGGAGCUGGAGGCGGCCCCGGCCCGUCUACCUCUCAUUACGUCCGUCAGGGUCACCCUUGAUUGUUGGGCGAAUCCGCAAGAAUGUUGGCAUUGCCGUCCGGAUGGCCGCGAUGAAAAUUCCCCAGCUUGUAUUGUCGGCGUGCUGGGGCCUGUGCUUCCUGUCUAAUGGAAUGUUUAUGCUGGUAAUGGGAAAUGAGAUCUUGCAGAAGAGGUCGGGCACCCUUCACAUCCUCCAUCUGGUCAGAUUUAUGCAAUGCUUGAUGAGAUAGUCAACGCCUUUUUUCGGCCUCGGUCUCAAAUGGCACGGUCCUGCAGCUCAAGGAGUCAAUCGGUCUCACCAUCAAGUCUGCAUCUCGAAGCAUGGUGACAAGCUAGCAGUGUUCUUUUAUUUUUACCACUGAUUAACACGAUGAGAGGGCUACUGUUAUCAGCCAAACAGGGAAGAAUACAAGAAAGUGCAAGGAUCCCCACUCUCACGAAUUAUUGAAGGAAUACUCGGCUUCUCGCUGUCCUAGAUGGUUAUUUGAGGGCUGAGGCCCUCCUUUGUUUCAGAACCAAGAGUCUAGUGUCUUCUUUUUGCUACAGUAAAGUGAACAAGCCCAAGGAGCACACAUAGCGCCCAUCUCCACCAAUUCUUCGCUUCUACGUAAUUGUCCUGAAGCAGUGUCUGUACUAAUGAGUAAUGGCCGUGCUUCAUCCAUCUAAUCCAGUAUGAUCCAUCCAUUUGUGGACCUGUCCAUCUCUUUCCAACAGUAUGCCGGUGGUGUACUGGUCCCAGUUCCUUAGGUUCUUAUAUUGAUGUCUACUUCACAUAUUCUCCAUGACCAAUUGGACACCCGUGGAAGUAUUCAAUAUGGAUCUUACUGCUGCAAAAGUUAUUCUGCAAUUUGUAGGAGAAGAGGUAACAGUGAACUUGCUAGGAACUUAAUAACCACUUCCACUUUGGCUAGUUGCAUCUUUCCUGUAUAUAUUUAUCUUUCAUCAAUUGGUGCAUCCCUCCUAGCAGCUGGUUGGAACAUAUGACCCUGUCUUUUUGCUGAAGUUGAGGGAGAUUUGGGGCUUUUUUCUUAGCAUUCUUUCUAGCAUUGCAGAUCAUGAGAGCCCAUAGAGGAAAACAUUCAGAGUCAUUUUGGCCUUCAACUGUGAUGAAAAAAUGGCUAAACAUCAGGCCAAAGUUAAAUGAUUUCAGUGAAGACGAGUUUGAUACAGGCAGCGAAGAUAAUGAUCUUUUCUCAGAUGGUAGUGACUUUGGAGACGAUAGCUUCUUUGAGAUACAUGGCAAUAAAUACGUGAUAAGCAAAUCAUUAGGAGAAAAAUCAAUUCCCCCUGUGCGCAGGCUUCAGAGAAAAUCAGAGAGUUUACGUGUAAACUACAUGAGUAACAAAGAUGUGAGGGUGAUGACAGGAACAUGGAAUGUUGCUGGAAGAGCGCCUAGUGAUGACCUUGAUCUUGAUCAGUGGCUUUGUACCCAAGAGCCAGCAGACUUGUAUGUUUUAGGUUUCCAGGAAGUGGUCCCAUUAAGCGCUGGUAAUGUCCUGGGAACAGAGGACAAUAGACCAAUAAGGAAAUGGGAGGCUCUUAUCCGCCAAACACUUAACAGGUCUCAGCAACCCAAGACAAUCUGCAAAAGCUACAGUGCUCCACUGUCACCAUUACUAAGACCUGUUGGUUCAGGUGGACAUGAAUAUAUGAAAACCAAACCUGAAGAUGAAGUGAUAGGAAGUUUAACUCAGUUUAGAGAUUGGCAAACUAGUACAACUGAGCUUCGUUGCAACUGGUUGGAUGGCACCAGCCCAUUGGACUGGCCAGAAUAUCCUCUGGACACUCCAUCAAAGGUUUUGGUAUCAGGUACAGGGUUGAGGCGGGUCUUGAGUUUGGGUCUAUUUAGCACCAACUUUGUGGAACACCCUCAAAGUCUUGAGCUAAAGGAUGUAGAUUUGCAAGCUCGGAUCAGAAGGCAGUAUCAUAGCUUGGGAAAUCUUAGCAUGUUAUGGUCUGAACAGGAGAAGCUUGAUGUUUUAAAUUCGCUUGAUCACAUAUCUGAUUUGAUGUCAGAAGAAGACUCACCUUCUGUUAGCACUGUUGAGGAAUGCGCUACUCCUGGGAAAAGAGGAUCUUCAAAGCACCGUGCAAACUAUGUGCGCAUUGUUAGCAAACAAAUGGUUGGUAUAUAUGUUUCUGUAUGGGUGUCUCGAAAAUUGAGGCGGCACGUUAACAACUUGGAGGUAUCACCAGUUGGGGUUGGACUACUGGGCUACAUGGGCAACAAGGGAUCGAUUUCCAUCAGUAUGUCUAUUUUCCAGACUCGAUUGUGCUUUGUCUGCUCCCAUCUUGCAUCAGGUCAUAAAUCAGGGGAUCAGCAAAAAAGGAAUGCUGAUGUGUAUGAGAUUUUACAUAGGACAAGGUUUUCUUCCUUGUGUGCUGCUGGUCGUCCACAAAAUAUUCCUUCACAUGAUCGAAUUUUUUGGUUUGGGGAUCUUAACUAUCGCAUUGACCUGCCGGAUGCUGAAGUGCGACAUCUGGUGGCUAUGAACAGGUGGGAUGAUAUUUUGAAGUUCGAUCAGCUAACAAAGGAGCUAAUAAGUGGGAGUACUUUUGUUGGUUGGAAGGAAGGCUUGAUUAACUUUCCACCAACUUACAAGUAUGAAAGAAAUUCUAGCAGAUAUGUUGGCGAGAUUCAUAAUGAAGCAGGAAAAAAAAGAUCUCCAGCAUGGUGCGAUCGCAUACUGUGGCUGGGGAAGGGUACCAAGCAAUUCUCAUAUUGGAGCUCUGGUUUGAGCCUCUCAGAUCAUCGGCCCGUGGGCGCCAUCUUCUUGGUUGAAGUUGAGGUGUUCAAUCAGCAAAAACUCGAAAGGGUCUUGAACUUCAAUCCUGGAUUCGUUUCAAAGGGUAGCAAUAUAACAUGAUGGCAGAUCCCUGAACAUUUUUCAGUCAGUAGCGCUGAGCUGAGCAUUGAAAUUUGCAGCAGCUCUGAUGGAUUUAGUCUUGUCAUGUGUGUACUAGUUUUGAAGGAACAGAGAUGUUGGGGUAAGGAUUUCGAUACAUGUUUGAAGCAUGACUAGCAUGUAGCUGAACUAUUGCACAUGGAAAUUCUUCCGAUUGUGAACUGAAUUUUAAGUGAAAAAUCCUUUUCGUCA